GUCGAUCGCCACGCGCGAGAGAGCGACGUCGCCGCCCCUCCUCCUGCUCAUUUCGAACGCGCGCGAGCCGCGCAGUUGAGGCGCCACUCCUGAGGGGAGGUCGCCGCUCCUUCCCUUCUUCGCUUGGCGGCGGCUCUUGAAGAACAGUCUCCCGAGCCCGGGCUAUGACCUGCCUCCCGAACUACCUGAGUGGCGGCAAUCCCUGCGCCGCCCUCCGCGCCUUGCUCAAAUCUUCGCAGCGGCACCACCAGCCUCCGCCGUCGCCGCCGCGGCUCCUCACCGUCUGCAUAACGCCGGGCCGCGUCCUCCUGGCCGAAUCGGCGCUGGCGGCCGGUCUGCCUUCAUCGGCAGUGGCGAAGCGCGGGUCUAAGUCGCCCCCCUGCCCCUCUCCCAGCCCCUCUCCCUCCUCGCAGCGCUGCCGCCUCAGCUCGGGGGUCGACGCCGGGUUCCGCCCAGCCCGGGUGGUGGUGGUCGCCAAGACGACCCGGUACGAGUUCGAGCAGCAGAGGUACAGGUACGCGGGGCUCUCGGAGGAGGACCUCAAGCAGCUGCUUGCAUUAAAGGGCUCUAAUUACAGUGGACUACUAGAGCGACAUCGGAUUCAUACAAAAAAUGUGGAGCAUAUUGUAGAUAGUUUAAGGAAUGAGAAGAUAGAGGUCCGACUUGUAAAACGCAGAGAAUAUGAUGAAGAGACCGUUCGGUGGGCAGAUGCUGUUGUAGCAGCAGGAGGUGAUGGCACAAUGCUUCUGGCAGCUAGUAAGGUAUUGGACCGAUUAAAGCCAGUUAUUGGAAUAAACACAGACCCAGAUAGAUCUGAAGGCCACUUGUGUUUACCUGUACGAUACACACACUCAUUUCCAGAUGCCCUACAGAAACUCUAUCAUGGUGAUUUCAGAUGGCAGUGGCGGCAGCGAAUCCGGUUGUACCUUGAAGGAACUGGUAUUAACCCUGUCCCUGUUGACUUGCAUGAACAGCAGUUGAGUCAAGAACAGCAUAGCAGAGCCCAUGUUAAUGGAAGAUUUCAGGAUCAAAGGUCUCAGAUUUCUGAACCACACCUCUUGCCAGUGAGAUCAUUAAAUGAAGUCUUUAUUGGAGAGUCUCUCUCAUCCAGGGUGAACUUUAACUCCUGCAAACCCAGUUUUAAAUUCUCCCUUCGUAGGGCCUCGUACUAUGAAAUAUCAGUUGAUGAUGGUCCAUGGGAGAAACAAAAGAGCUCAGGUCUCAAUAUAUGCACUGGAACUGGAUCAAAAGCCUGGUCUUUUAAUAUCAACAAGGUAGCAAAUCAGGCUGUAGAAGAAAUCCUUAAGAUUGCUAAACGUUAUGACAGCUUAAAUCUUCCAUUGAACAAUGAACUAAUACAGAAAGUAACAAAUGGAUAUAAUGAAUCACUGCUGUAUAGCCCAGAGGAACCCAAGAUGCUUUUUAGCAUACGAGAGCCUAUUUCAAACCGUGUUUUUUCAAGUAGCCGUCAACGGGGCUUCGCUUCUAAAGUUUGCAUUCGCUCUCGUUGUUGGGAUGCCUGUAUGGUUGUAGAUGGAGGAACUUCAUUUGAAUUUAAUGAUGGAGCAAUAGCAUCAAUAUUGAUCAACACAGAAGAUGCACUGCGUACUGUUUUGCUAGAAGAAUGAAGAAACAGUGGAAAGUAUUCAAAACUUAACAACGCAAAGAAAGGGAUGCUGCGUCAUUUCAGAUGUGAAAAUUGCUCUUCUGUGUAGAGAUGCAUUUGAAAACAAAGAUUGAAAUGGCUUUUCAUUCCUUUUGGAUGAGAAAUUCUUGGGAAACCAAUGUUUGUCAUUUAUUGCACACCUUUAUAACAGGAAAGUUAACUGAAGGUUUGCAUCUCAAGCCUGCAAAGUCAUGACUCUUCAAAACCUUAAUGAAUCUGACAUGAUGCUUUCAAAACCAAGGCAGGGAUUAAACAAAUUGGUAUUAAUGUUAAACUGUACAAUUCUGUAGAAGCAGUCUAGUAUUGGUUUCAGCAAAAUGUUUUGAUUCUUCCUAUAUACUACAUCAGUUUCUAAAAACAAAUGGUAUCAAUGGUAAUUAACCUAAAAAAAAAAGGUUAGUGUUGAAUUUACUUACCCCCAAAUUUGAAGUAACCCUUUUGUAUACACCAAGAGUUUUACUUUUCUAAUUUUGUCAUAAUGUUUGAAAUGGACUUCAUCACACUGGUUUUUUCUACAGUCUAAUAUUCAUACCUGAAAUCCAGGAGUAUCUUGUGUCAAACUUUUCCCCCUGUUUGAAUGAUGCAGUGCCUAGCUUCUAUGGCAAGAAUGAGUCUCACUUGAGAUUAUCCCCAAUUCCUAGUUGCCUGCUGACAAUGUGUGUUUUUUUUCCUCAUAGGCUUUUUUUCAGUAAAUGUUUUUCAGUGAAUUUCCCACCCUCCACCCUCAGAAAGUAUGUAUAGUAGCGAUCUUAGGCAUGAUGUUACAUCAUUACAAAACAAGAACUUCAUCUGUUUAAUUAGGACCAGGAGCAGAUCAGAAGGGAGAUAUUCCCCCUCUGGUCUGGGCUGAAGCCAUGCCCCCAGGAGGCCAGCUGGUGUUAUCAGUUGGCCAGAGAAAAGCGUGAGCAAUGGGUGCACUUGAGCAGCAGGCCAGAUUACCUUGCCAUUUACCUGUGCUGGAUGAUGGUUUCCCACCCCAUCCCCACAGCAGCCACAAAUGGGCCCGGCGAAGUGGAGACCGAGGGCUAAUUAUUGAAAGUACACAAUAGCAUUCCUUCUAAUAUUUCAAACUUGUGUAGAACGGUGUGUGUUCACUGCCCUCAAAUUAAAUGGGUACAGUUGAAGACCAGUUUCCAUUUGUGAAGUGGGGAAAUAUUCAAGCAGCUUGGAAAGCACUCAUUUUUCAAUUAAACCUGUGCUAUAUGUCCUUUUUAGAAAAACAGAAUGACCAGUUUGCGCAAAUACCACAUUGCUGGGGCACCUGGUUUUUUUUUGGGGGGGUGUGUUGCCGUAUAAUUAAGGUGUACAACAAACCAUAGAACUGCGACCACAACCAACUACUCUCCCUUGUUUUAUUUAAAUUAGUGGUAUAGCUAUAUUUGCAGAGAUGGUAUUCAGUAGUGUAUUAGUUGGCACUACUUAAACCAAGGCACAAUGCCAAUUGGCUGCAACUAAAAAAAAGUUCUUGCAGGUUCUAAUAGGGUUGUGAAAAUGCUGCCAAAUAACAUUCACUGUUUACAUUUGAAAUAGUAAUGAACCCUCAAUGUGUGUCAAGUAAAAGUGUCCCCCCUUUUUUUAAUUACACAGCUUACAUCUUCAACACUUAACACCUAAAAUUAAACAUGUUGGAAGCAGUUUUGGAAAAAAACACAUUGCUUUACAAGGCUGAAAGCUAGCCUUUUAGUGCACACAACAGUGAAACAAUUACACUGAAAUAUGUAUAGACGUCUUUAAACUACACUGUGAAGAACUAAAAAACAUAGCGGAAAACUCCCACUUAAAUUUUGUGCGCUACAAAAUGGCACAUCAGUUUAAAGUAUUGGAUGGUCUUUAUAAGGCUGAGGCCCAAACUAUAGGUAAUUGGAAGUACAGCUAUACUGAGAUCAGUGGGACUUAAUUCCAAGAAAACAAGUUUAAAACAAGGAAGAAAAAUGGCAUGAAAAUUCCUGUCAAUAGUGAAUGAGUUUGAAGGUUAAGAAAGCUGUGAAAUUAGUCCAAUAGGGUUGCAAUUUAUUCUGUGAGCUUCCUAAUCUAAAGUUUAAAGUGCUGAGCUUGGAGCAUGAUCAACUUGCAACUUGAGGGUAAUGCCACAUUUGGGAAAUCCCAAUAAGCCCUCUCCCCUGAUAACACAUGAGGCUUGUGUGCACAGAUUUUGCAUUCCCUAAAGUGCCUGUGCACUGUCUAACAUGCAUAUAUAGGUAAGAGGGAGGUGGCUCAGUUGGGCCAACGUGGUACUGUGCUCAUGAGCCUGCAAAAAAAAAUCCAUUAUAUUCUACUGUGCCAAAAUAAUUUAGGGUUUAAAAUCUGUUGUAUAUAAAGAUUACUAUUUAUCUUAUAAAGUUUGAAACAUGAUCAAGUGGGCAUGAAGCUCUGUCUUAAAUGCGAUGCAAUCCUAAAAAUAAUCCAAGCAACAACUAUCUUUUGAGGUGAUCUGAUCAGAAUUAGGAAUUUGCAGAUACCAGAAUAGAUGCGAUUUCACAUAUGAAGUGUUCCUGGAUACCCUCUAUUGGUCUACAUUAGGCAUCGGUGAGCAUCAUAGUGGGCUUUUUGAGUGCUCAUGUUAAACAUUUGAAAACCUUCUGAAAAUCGUUGGUUGUACAGUGUAAACCUUCAAAAACCCACUUUUAUCAGCUGUUCCUCCCUUUCCAGCCAUUUCAUAUUGUGGGGAGAGGUGUAAUAGGCAGUAGAUGACUCCCGAGGCAUUCCCUGGCAAAUGACACCUGGAGAAUUUCCUGUUGGGAAUCAUAGAGCACAACUUUGAUGCUUGAUGUGGUCGCCGUCAUUGGGCUCUACGUGGCCUCAUGUCUCCAAUCUGAAGCGAGGGCUUUUUGGCUUUUGAAAGUGGGGACUGUCAGGAGAAUAGCGGGAAGGGAGGUGGAUAAGAGCUGCAUUCAUGUUGAGCCAUGUUUCAAGGGGGCUGUACCAGAUUCAAAUUGGAUGCACCCUAUUUGGGCAGGGAAUGCCUUACUUCAAGCCUCCCCAUUCAAUACUUAUCCCAUCUUCAGUUUUGAUGUGGUCUAUCACAUAACUACUGGUGCUGUUCUUGUGUGAAUGGAACCUCAAACAAUAGAUCUGUAAUUAAUCUGACUUAAAACAGUGGGUGGGGGCUGCAAGUUUCUUUGGGGAAUGCUUUAACCCCCUUUUCCAAUUUGUCCUCCCCCUUCCCCUGGUUGCUUGUGUGUGCAGUGAAUCGGAGCUUGUAAGGACUGCUUUAUCUUGAGAAAGCAGUGCAGAAGGGGAACGGAUUAAAUGUUCCCCAGUCAAAUUAGAAGCCCCUCCUACCCAUGGUUGCCCUUAAAUGUGUUGGGAGACCAACUGCAGAGCUUCCUGCCUAACAGGCAUUUUAGCUCAAAUAAAAACUGCUUGUGAGAAGUAUGACAAUCUUUAGUAAGACAAUUCAUUUUUAAAGGUGCAAUCCUAUGAAUAUAUUGACUGAAAAACAUCCUACUUUUUCCAUCUAAACAUGCAUACGAUUGCACCUUUAAAGAAUUGCCUAAAUUGUGUUGCACUGAAUUUAUAUGAUAGGCUAGAACAUGUGGAAUGUGUGCAAAUAAAAACAUAAUGUGACUAUUCCUCCCAAAAUUGUUUAAUUCCAGCAUGUCAGACUAAAUGGUGUUAAUGUUUUAACCUGGAUUCCUCAUUUUAUUAAAAACAAAAGCAUUGAGAUUUGGGUUUACUUGGAAAUAAUGUAUGGUGUGGUUGGUAAUUAAAUGUAAUAAAGGUGAGCUUUUGUUUU